GUAGAGCGGAGGACUGUAGUUGGUAACACCAGGUAUCCUUAGGUCGCUGGUUCGAAUCCGGCAGGUCGGAAGUUUUUUUUUCUCAACUUUUUUUUUCCCAAAUCACAUAUGCUGUUUGAUCAACAUCCCCUAUAUAUAGCAUCGAUGAUGGAUGCUUCUCGUUGAGAUUCAUGGCUUGGCGCUUCUUCUCCUUCCUCUCUAAAACCCUAAACCCUAACCCCUCUUCCUCCUCAACCCCAUUCUCCACCUCCUUCCUUGUCACCAAAACCCCCAAAAUAUUCAAGAAAAAACUCAAACCCAAGCCCAGCCCGCGCACCACCCCGGUCCGAACCGAACCGAAGCGCAUCCCCCACUUCGAGCGCAUUCUCCACCGCGACGCCCUCCUCCGCUUCGUGACCCGCUCUAAGCAGUUCCUCUCCGCCCAGCCGGAGCACGUCCUGCGCCUCGACGACGCCGGCAAGCUCCACCGCGAGCUCGGCUUCCCGCGCGGCCGCAAGGUCUCCCGCUUCAUCCAGCGCCACCCCCUCCUCUUCCAGACCUACCGCCACACCGACGCCAAAACAUGGCUAGGGUUCACCGACCUUAUGGACGACCUCCUCGCAGAGGAACGCUCCCUCAUGGACACUUUAGAACUCAACCGAGUCGAGAAGGUUCGGAAGCUGCUCAUGAUGUCAUCGCGCAACCGCAUCCCCCUCAGCAAGAUCCACCACUGCAGAACCCUAUUCGGCAUCCCCGACGAUUUCCGCGAUAGGGUUUCCAAAUACCCUAAUUUUUUCAGAAUCGUGGUCGAAAACGACGGGAGGAGGGUGCUCGAGUUGGUGAACUGGGACCCACUCUUGGCAGUGAGUGCCUUGGAGAAAGAGUUCGUUGUUGACGAGGAUUCCGCGAAGAGGAAGUUUAGGUUUCCGGUGAAGUAUGGGAAGGAUUUGGAUUUAGAAUUGGAUGAUAGUAGGAAGCUUAAUUUGCUCAACGCGCUUCCUUUGGUGUCUCCGUAUUCGGAUGGGAGUAAGAUUGAUGGGUGGACGUUGGAGGCGGAGAAGUAUAGAGUUGGGGUGAUUCAUGAGUUCUUGAGCUUGACGUUGGAGAAGAGGGCGUCGAUUCAUCACCUUGUGGAAUUUAAGGAGGAGUUUAGUUUGACCAAGCAUACUUAUCAGAUGCUUCGGAAGCAGCCGCAAGUGUUUUACUUGGCUGGAACUGAGAUGAAUUGGGGUGUCUUCUUGAAGGAUGCUUAUGAUGGGAAUGGAGAUUUGAUUGAGAAGGACCCCCAGGCUGUGUUUAAUGAGAAGCUUUAUAAGUAUGCUCAGGUGGAUCAGAUGGAACCCAGGUGUGAUGAUGAUGGGGUGGAAGAGCAGCAUUUGACUUGAAUUUUUGGGUAACUUGUGUUGUGUUUCCCGGGAAGAGAAGUCAGAAAUGUGUUUCAUGAGAAAAAAUACAACGGUUUUGAAAGUUGAGGAAAGAAACAGCAAUUGGAGCUGCCUUCAAUUUAACUAUUAAAGGGUGCUCUGAAACAGAAAUCAAAUGGUUUUCUGAUAAUGAAAUGCUAAAGGAAGAAAAAGGUUUCUUUUGAUGAUUCAAUCUAUGUGUAUGCUCGUGAUUGGCUUCACGGGUCCUCUUUCAUUCUAAGGAGGAAUAAAGAAGAUUGGAAGGUCAUAGGUGGCAAGGAUAUAAACGAUCAAGUAUUAGAAUCAUAAUAGAGAAACAAUUGUAUUGUUCCUACUCAUGUAAGAAAAAAAAAAUUAACAUAGCAAAGCUUCUUUGUUUCCUUUAGUAAGAAAUCAAAUAACUUAAUAAUGAAACUUCUUGUUAUCCA